CGGGAGUGUUCUAAACAAACUUAUACGCAAAUUGGAGAUUACUAAUACAAUGUUGGUUUAAUAAAAAUAUACUCGUGGUUUUUAGAGGAAGUGACCUAAGACUUGAGUCUCUUAAAUACAACUUCCUAAUUUUAGAAUGACAGUAGCGAACGAGGAUCCAUUGAAUAUGGACACGAAAAUAACGAUUUGUGCUGUUUUGUGCACUUUUUUAUUUUUGAUCGACAAAUGCGAACCUUUGACUAAAACGAUAAUGAAAAAGAAAUUCAUCCCUAAGAAGACCUCCUGUGACUCAGACCACCUUUGCACACAAACCGAGUUUUACCCCACGAGAGCGAUAAACAAAAUGAUCUCAUCGAAGAAGAACAAGAACAAAUUCGCCCAUCUCAGAGGAAACGUGAUUGAACCCACGAAUGACGUCAUUUCGGUGAAUGCCAGAAGUCCCGAAGACUUCGCCGACAAAAAUAUGUGCCAGACUAGGAGGACUUCAAAGAUUCCGAUGGUAGCUUUCGAUACCAAGAAACGACAAAAGUUCAUUGUGAAUACGAAGAGUUAUCAGCAGAUUGUGAUUUACGAAACAUGCAAGGAACCAGAGGGACCAUGUUAUGGAAAUGACAGCUUGCCCUACGACAUCCAGACAUUCUGCAAACAGGCUUACAGUAUUGUACGAUUGGUAUCAGUCAGUCAUACAGGCCAAUUAGAAUAUGGCUAUUUCCCCGUACCUAGCAACUGUGUAUGUUCGUAUAAAACAACCAAUAUCCUCGAUCAUACCUAGUUCCGAGAAAUAUGACUUUGGUUGCUAUCAAGAUAUACUCGGAUACUGAUAUACAUAAAGACAUCGAUAUUGGUUUUGAAAAGACAGAUUCAUCAGGAACAUGCUUAAUAGAAUAUAGUUCAUAAUCCUUUUGCAGUAUUUCGAAUAUGUUCAUGAGUAUUUUUGUCGUUUUUUAAUGUGAGGUUUCAAUAUCGAGAAUAUAGGUUAUAUUACGAAAAUUCAUGUACAGAAAAGUUCAGGAAAUGACUGCUUGUGAUUUUUCAUACUAAUAAUUAUUUGUCUCAACUUGUAAUUUAUAACAACAUAUCAUUUUUUCUUGAAGAUAUAUUCUUGAUAUUCUGAUAAGUAUAGCAAAUAGCCUACACUAGCAUAAGUUCAGUUGUCAGAAGCAAACCUAAUGAAAAGUCGACUUGACUGUUGAAAAAUAUUCUCUGUAUCAAAAUCUCAGGUGAAACUGUGGAGGAAGAGGAGAAACGAGUGAAAAUCACUUAAAGAAGGAAGUUUGCGGUGACCUGAUUUCAGAACUAUUUAUACCAAAAUGGAGGUCGGUUCGUUGAACGUAUUUCUUCAGCAAAAAUAUCCACUUGUUCUUCAUAUCGAGAACAGAGAACCAAAAAAAAAGUUCUAUUUUGCUCAGAAGUUAUUUGAAUUGACCGUCAUAGCUAAAAUUGCUUUGAUUUUGGUCUCAAAAAGUGUCAAUAUCAAAAGUCAUGAUUAUUUCAAUUCCUGCUCUCUAAUUAGCACAUGACAGUGACAGAUCCCGUUUGAUUUGUAACAUUCUUGAAAUAAAUAAUAAUCACAAUCAUGAUUCCAAUCCUCUUUCAAAACUUUGAAAAUUUCUCAUAGCGGAAGUGAUUUUCGGUAUCUCAAGUAUAUUUUGGUCACGUUUGGGUAAAUAAUGAUUAUUUCAUUUUUUCUUGGUUGCAUUAGGCAUCUGUACCAACUGGUGUAUAUAUCAUUACCAUUUCCAUAGGUAUACUCAGGCAAAAUAUAUUUAUACAGCGUUUCUUACUCUAAACGCCCUAUACCCCAGCUAUCAGUCGUGCGAUUCUCACCAAAUUUUGACAUGGACAUGAAUAAUCAUAAAUAUGAUAAUUAUGUUUUUCAGAGUCAAACUUCAUUAUGGACAAUCUCGUGCAAUUUUAUUGGGUCUGUUUUUCAUAAACUCAUAUAAGGAAAUGUUUUGAAGGAAAACUAUCCUCAUAUUUUUGUUAUGAAAAUCACUUCAUUCCGAAUUAACAGGAAUGGCUUCAUUUCUAAAAUCAAACACAAAAUUUUGCUUUCAAAAGGUCCAGUAGGUAGAAACAUAGAAAAUAAGCUAUACUUGUUUUAGUUGAAAGCGCUAAUUCAGUUCGAAGAAUGCUUUUGAGAUGCCUGUUGUUCUGAAACCUUUCAUGCAAAUAUUACAGGGUGGAGACUUCAACUAGAACCAACUCGCUACUGGGGGAGUAAAUGAUUUUUCUGAAAAUUCGCUAGACACCUCAACAUCAGAAUGUAUUCACCUACAUUUGACGAACAAUAUGGAUUAUAUCAUCUGUCAAGGAGAACUGGAAUCAACCCCAACUUGUCUUUUUCUAUAAUGUGACCCUAUGGCUUGCGACCUCUCAUUGAAAAGCUGGUUGCAUGAAGAGGUAUUCAGCGUAUUGAUCAUAUUUCAAAUUGCAGUACGUUUGGUGGUUUCAAAUAUUUUCAACGUAUUUUCAUCAGAAUUUCGACUUUAGGUGACAGUGAUAUAGGGCUUUUCAACCAGUUGGCAAUAACACUUCGUUUCGACUUGUGAAUUCGGCAAAAAAUCUGAAUAUAUUCUUGCGGCCCUAUUGAAACACUGGAAUAAAUACACUGGCAAAUAGCAGUUGUGGCAAAAAGUCAUCACCAAUAUUCAACACACAUUUUGAGCGAAUGUUACGUUGAAAAAAAAUUUAAUUUUGAAAUGACAUUUCAUUUUUGUGCAACCUUCAAACGUAUGGAAAACUGAAAUUUAACUAGUACGCUGGAUUCCUCUUUCCACCAGCUUUCUGAUGAGGGGUCACGAGCCAUAGUGUAAUAUUCUCGAUAUCGCUUGCAGGAGGAAGGUGAAUACAAUGAAUCGUUGACGUAUGUCGGGAAUUUUCAGAAAACAUUUUCACCUCCCUGCUUAAAAAAUCAUUCCAGUUGAGGUCUGGAAUUGGUGAGAAUCGCGCACGACUAUCAGCUGAGAUAUACAGGGUGUUUCACAGGUGAAGGGAAAUAUUUCAAUGGUAGAUAGAGGUCACCAAGGUGGUUCUGAAAAUACCAUAUUUGAUAGGUCUUAGAGUCUUCAUAAGGGAGAUACAGGGCGAUUUAUCGAUUUCGAAUAAUUAUUCAUUCGUCAAUAAGUAUUGACCUACCCAGUAUAUUUUUCUGAAAUACGGUAUGGAUCUUAAACUUGGGUCGUUGAAUAAAAUCACCUAUCGGUCGAAGUGAAAAUCCAGGUUCGGCAUCAGGAAAAAUUUACAUUCAUUCGAAAUAUUAAAAUAACACCCUGUAUGUAAUAAUUGAUAGAUUUCAUCAAAGGAAUCGUGAAGAGGAGGAAAAACUGAACUGGAUUUGAUGCUUUUUGUUUUCCCUUCACCAAUUCUCAUCGUAACAAUCAUAAACAGAAAGCGAAAGUAUGUCAAUUUGAAGAGUAUUAAAAUUAUGAAACCACUUUCAAUUAUGAUUAUCUGAUAUAUUCUUGUUGAAUGAUCGUUCGAAAGAACUCACUUAGUCUCACAGUGUAUAUAACAGAGAUACAGGGUGAAUGAUCGGUUUCGAAUAAGUAUUAUCACUCGUCCAUAAGUUAGUAUUGAACUACCCAGUAACAUUUUCUCGAAUUUGGUAUGUAGCUUACUUGGGACGAUGUAUUCAUUAACCUAUCAGGCGGAAUGGAAAUAAUACCAAAUAAUUAUAAUUCGAUAGUUCACCCUGUAUCUCUGUUAUAAAGACUAUGAGACUUUUCCUGAAGCUGAAGCUGAAGCUGUAUUCCCAUACUGCCUGAUAGGUCAAUGAAUCCAUCGUCCCAAGUAAGCUCAAUACCAAAUUUGAGAAAAUAUUACUGCGAUGGGUAGUUUAAUACUUAUGGACGAGUGAAUAAUUAUUCGAAACCGAUAAUUCACCCUGUAUCUCUGUUAUAAUCACUGUGAGACUUAGUGAGUUCUUUCGAACGAUCAUUUAACAAGAAUAUAUCAGAUAAUCAUAAUUGGAAGUGGUUUCAUAAUUUUAAUACUCUUGAAAUUGACAUACUUUUAGCUCCCUGUUUAUGAUUGUUACGAAGAGAGUUGGUGGCGGGAAAACAAAAAGUAUCAAAUCCAGUUCAGUUUUUUCUCCUCUUCACGAUUCCUUUGAUGAACUCUGUCAAUUAUUACAUACAGUGUGUUAUUUUAAUAUUCCGAAUAAAUGUACAUUUUUCCUGAAGCCGAACCUGGAUUUUCACUUCGUCCGAUAGGUGAAUGAAUUCAACGUCCCAAGUAUAAGCGCCAAACCAAAUUUUAUGAAAAUAUACUGGGUAGCUCAAUACUUAUAGACGAAUGAACAAUUAUUCGAAAUCGAUAAAUCGCCCUGUAUCUCCGAUGAAGACUCUAUAAGACCUAUCAAAUAUGGUAUAUUCAGAAACACCUUGGUGACCCCUAUGUACUAUUGAAAUAUUUCCCUUUACCUGUGAAACACCCUGUAGAGGGGAAGCGUUCAACUUGAGAUACGGUGUAAGUUUAAACAGGAUAUUUCACGACGAGCUUACACAAUCUUAAUAUCGAGAAUCAGUCGGAAGAAAGUCAUGAAAAUGUGCGUGCUUAUAUUUAAGAAUACGCUCUUUCAUUCAAAAUUUUUUCGAUAAUGCAGUAUUGCCGCGUCUACUAGAAAGUAGUAGCAAACAUUGAUAUUUCAAAUGGAACACCUAGUAUUUUAUCGCCUUUUCAGAUUCUCCCUGAAGAGCUGAUUUCAUCGACGUAUCACACUUGGGGUCUAUCGAAAAUGAUAACUGAGAUAUAGGGUGUUCAAAAUCGAGAUUUUUCCUUUACUAUUCUUUAUUGUGUCGAAACUAUUCAUUAUUGGUGAGAACGACUGAAAUGUCCCUAUUUCAACUGCCGAUUCACUAUUUACUGAUAUUUAAUAGGAACAGAUACAGGGUGGUUCAAGAUUCAGAAUUCUGAUCACCCUGUAUCUGUUCCGAUUAAAUAUCAGUGAAUAGUAAAUCAAAAGUUGAGAUAGGGACAUGUGAGUCGUUUUAGCCGAUAAUGAGUAGUUUCGUUACAAACAAAUUAUCAAGUUGAAAAAUCUCGAUUUUGAAGACCAUAUAUCUCUGUAAUCAUUUUCGAUAGACCCCAAGUGUGAUAAAUCAAUGAAAUCAGCCCUUCAGGAAGAAUCUGAAAAUGCAAUAAAAUACCGCUUAUUCUAUUUGAAAUAACAAAGUUGUUGCUUUUUUUAUAGAAGCGGCAACACUGCAUUGCUGAAAAUAAUUUAAAUGAAGAGAGCGUAUUCUAAACUAUAAACAUGCUUAUAUUCAUGGAUUUCUUCCGACUGAUUCUCGAUAUAGUGAUAAUGUGAGCUCGUCGUGACAUACCCUGUAUAGAAAUAAGUUAUGCGACCCAUGAGUAAUUCAAUUUUGAAAUCGGCCUAUACUUCGAAUCACAAAUUUCAGCUUGCUGAUGAGUUUAGUAAGUUAUACAGAGAAGUUUACAAAAACCGCCAGGAUUGUAACUUUCGAAUUAUUCUAAAUAGGGUUUCGAAAAUUGGUGAGCAGCUAGUAGGUAUACCAAGUUGCUCAAUUGAUUGACAAAUCUGUUUUUGUUCUAUCACUUCCGAUUUCACAGGAAACGACCCCAACUCACAAAUGGGACACCCUGUAUUAUAUUCCAUAAUCAGUUGAGGAGCAACUGAGCAAAACGGUUCAAACCCAUGAUAUAUGAUUUCGAGUAAAAAAUUAAAAACUGCUUGAAUCAGAUAUAAUCAAAAACAGAUCUUCAUUCGGUCACAAAUCAAAAUGAAUAACAAUCUCGGAAAGGUUGGAUGGUGAUAUUCUCCAAACUCAACAGUAUAUAUAUCCAUUAAUUCAACUUUUUUUGUUGGAUUUAUGCCAGUUUGCUCAAUCAAUGUGUGGAUUCAUAGCAUUUUGCUCAAAUAUCAAUGGACUUAUUCCGUUUCGCUCUAUCAGUUUUUGGAUUUAUUGCAUUCUGCUCAGACAAAAAAAAAUUCUCAAUAUUUCUUCAAUCAAGAUGGCCAUCUCUAGAUGAUUUACUCAACUGAACGAGAAUAUUUACAGAUAACUUCCUUGAGAACGAAAUCAUUCACAGAAAACUUUCCUGUGGAUUCAUUUCAGUGACAACCAGCCGAUGGAUUUAUGCCAGUUAACAUUAUGGAUUGUGUAUUGACCAAAAUGUUCUACUUCAGUAAUAUUCACGUGAAAAAUGUUAAAAUUGGAAUUAUCGCAUUUUGCUCAGUUGCUCCUCAGGUAGGGAUUGUCAUAACGAAUUCAUCGAUACCGGGUUUGAUAUAGGGUUAUUUCAAACGAUUACGCAACUGAUCACGUUCUAAGUUUUCAUGAGUGUUACAGAGAAAGACGUUUUGACAUUGUGAAGUCACACCCAUUGAGCAUAUUAUGUAAACAUCGAACGCGAAUAUCUUUUUUAUUGUUUGAAAUAACUCUAUCUAACCCUGUAUCGUUGAAUUUGUCAUGAUAAUCCCUAACCGACUAUGGAAUACAAUACAGGGUGCCUUUUUUUGUAAUCAAAAGUUGGGGUCGUUUCCAGUGAAACUGGAAGUGAUAGAAGAAAAAUUAAUUCAUCAAUCAAUGAGCAAUUUGCUAUUCUCGCAACCCACCAAUUUUCAAAACCCUAUCUCGAAUAAUUCGAAAGUUACAGACCUGGCCGUUUUUUGUGCACUCUUCUCUGUACUUCUCUGUAUAUGUAUACGGCGUGACUGGUUUCUCUGGGUUUCAUAUUUCCAUUGAAUGUUGUUUAUUGAAAAUACAUUUUUUUCGGUACAUGUGUUACAUUUUUUUCUCAAUCAGCAUUCGACGGAACAAUAAAAAUUCUUUCGUAUUACAAAUGUCAAUGUACAUGCUCUCAAGUCAUCAAAUUCAAGGACAAUGUCAGUAACCAUACAGCAAAUUUCACAUCCGGAAUCUCAAGAACAAAGCAAGUUGAGACAAAUGUUACAGGGAAUAACACACUUUUGAUAUUCCAUUGUGAACUUUUUGAUGAUAUUUCAAAAUAUCAUGCACGGAAUAUUGUAACAUAUACCUUCAAGCGAAUUUUGUUGAGGAAUUGAAAUUGUUCAGGAAGUUUCGAAAUAUGUUAUAUCCUCAUUAUAUGAUAUUGAUAGAAAAUUAUUAUAAUCGAAUGGGUUUGUUCGUAUUUAUUUAUUUAUUUAUUAUUCAAGUAUUUAUUUUUUGUAUUUUUGUAUAUGAGAAUUGAAUUAUAUUUUCUAUAACUGCU